AUAAUUGCAAUCUGGGCUAUUUUAGGUGUUUUCUUUAUUUUUAAAUUUUUACUCCUUAGAGAGAGUUUGUAAGUUAUUUAGGAGUAUGGACUUCAUAAAAUGGAGCUCGUUUGGCACAUGGUUGUCAAACUAUACACUCCGUCGCCAGCAAUUCAAUAAGUAUCUAGAACAGUGUGGGCUCUGAGCGUAAAUGUUCAUUUUAUAAAUUGCUUUUUAAUGUCCCAGUGACGAUGAUUGUGUUUUAAUUAUAGCAAUUUUAACCAAAAUCAAUGAAAGCGAAAAACGUACUUCGGUGGACUGACUAAAUGUUCUGUUGUAUUACAGACAGACUAGUAACUUAAGUGAGAGUAAACAGACACUGUUCCACCUGCUAAAUUGAAGGUUUUCAUAUGGGCAUUUAUGUUAUAUGCCCCAACGGAGUCAUCAAUUAGUAUAUAAAUGAAACUAUUUCUAUAGACGGGAACCAUCCUGUAACAUUUUUAUUUUGCGCCCCAAAAAAAAACUUUUACAUAAUAUGCAUAAACAAAAUUGGAAAAAUGAUCAGCAAAAAUUGGUAAAAUAAUUAGAAGUAAUCAGAAAUUAAAUAUGUAAUAAAGUGGAGGGUAUUUGUAAACUGUUCUUUAAAAUAGUUACAUAGUAAUAUUGUUACACUGUUACAUUGUUAAUAAUGUCAAAUGGUCAAAUAAAUCUUCCAGCAUUAAAGGGUAUGUGUUCGGAAUAUGCAAAUUAUAGAUAAUUAUUUUGAAAUUAAUACGUUUUAAAUAUCCGCUGUAAACAAAUAGAAAGUUUACCGUAAAUGCUUUAAAUAGCAAUUUAUGUACAAUGCGGACCAAAUUUUUUAAAAAUAAUUUAAUGAACACAAGUACAAAUUGUUGAUAGGGCUUUAAGUUAAUAGAUACACAAAAAUUAAGAUAUCUUGUGGAAAGCUAGAUUUUUAAAUUGUUUCCAAAACGUCUCAGUGAUGGUUACAAGAAAACAUCAGCACACACAAAAAAAAGAGAUAAAGCGAAAUAUACCACUCAAUGGAAAAGAUUUUGAUUGACUUUGAUAAUGGCUACUAUACCUUCGAUUCAGCAAUUGCUUAAAAUAAAACAGACGCACGAACCUGUACUUCGCAUUUUUGUAUUCUUUGAACUAGGAUGUUGACAUUUGCACAUACAAAACUGUACCUGAAAGCACAGAAAAUUUAUCGUGACACUUUUUUCUGGAAUAAAUGUUUAUUAUCGUUGUUUGGUUUUUGAAACAGUAAGGCAUUAUUUAUGUACUGUUAUGACAUGUAACGCAUCAUUCUGCGUUUUUAUUGAAUUUCUUUAGAAUAACUGCAAAAUAGAACAAGUUAAAAUUUGUAUAGGCUUUCUAAAUUUCUCUGAUGCAAACCUACAUGUAAAACAAAAAGGUUACAGUAAAAUGUCGCAAAGGAAACUUGUUAAUUUUUUUUCAACAUAAGGAAAUCAGUUUAGUAAAAAAAUUAUCACAGGCAUUAUUUUUUAUUGCUAGAAUAAAUCAACCGAUAUUUUUGGGAAAUUUGGUGAGUUUUUUCACACCCCCAGAUAUAAACUACCCCGUUACGCUUAGUUCUUCCCAAGCGGCGAAGGUCGGCAUUAAUGACACUGCAAGUACUUGGAGCAACCACAGCAUCCAAUCACAGAAGGAAGAGUAAAUAUUGCAGUAGCUAGUUUGGCUUGUGCAGCCAUUGAUAUUGGGUCCUCUUUUGCGAUUUUAUAUGCCAAAUGAGGAGGAUAUUACUUUAACUCAAGCUUACUGGUAUGCAGCGGGGGUUGUGUUCUGCUCGUUAACCAAUAUUUUGAUAUCACAUCCUUAUAUGUUGGGUGUGUUGCAUUUUGGAAUGAAAUUGAGAGUCGCUUGCUGUUCUCUCAUCUAUAGGAAAUCACUUAGAUUAAGUAAAGCUGCUUUAGGAGAAACGACAGCCGGACAGGUUGUCAAUCUUUUAUCAAACGACGUGAACCGCUUUGAUGUGGCUGUUUUAUUUGUUCACCAACUUUGGCUUGGCCCCUUGGAAACUAUUAUAUGUACUUAUUUAAUGUAUUUACAUGUCGGAGUCUCCGCGGCCAUUGGAGUUUUGGUAUUAAUAUUUUUCGUGCCUUUACAAAUAUAUUUGGGUAAACGAAUAUCCACUUUACGCUUAAAAACUGCCUUAAGAACCGAUGAAAGGGUGCGUCUCAUGAACGAAAUUAUAUGUGGCAUUCAAGUAAUUAAAAUGUAUGCCUGGGAAAUUCCCUUUGCCACCUUAGUGAGUUUAGCAAGAAGGUAUGAAAUCAAGGCCAUUAGUAAAUCGUCGUUAAUGCGCGGCAUUUAUCUGGGAUUUAUAAUGUACAGCACCAGAAUGGCAAUAUUUGCGAGUAUAUUAGCCUACGUUCUCUUCGGGAACUAUAUAACUGCCGAAAAAGUAUUCGUCCUUACUUCAUUUUAUAACAUUUUACGUCAGACUAUGACUGUUUUUUUCCCACAAGGUAUAUCGCAGGUUGCCGAAGCAGCAGUUUCUAUUCGGCGUCUCAACAAAUUUAUGCUUUACGAAGAGACCGAAAUUGCGAAAGCAAUAAGGUCAGCGGAAAUUGCCAAGAACGAAAAAGACGAGAAAUACAAGUUCAACGGAGAUUUUAGAAGGAGUCAUGAAUUAGCAUACAGAAUGCCUCAACAAUCAGGAAUUUCCUUGAAAAACGCAACUGCCAGGUGGUCAGAAUCAUCUCUAGAUAACACCUUAACUAAUAUAACUCUCCAAGUAACUCCUGGUAGGCUAUUGGCAGUUAUCGGUCCCGUCGGUGCAGGAAAAUCAUCGCUGUUACACGCAAUCUUGCAAGAACUUCCUCUCACUUGUGGCUCCUUGGAGGUUAAUGGAGAAAUUAGCUACGCCUCCCAAGAGCCAUGGCUCUUUGCGGGGUCCGUGAGACAAAAUAUACUCUUUGGACUCCCGAUGGACAAAGACCGUUACAGGACAGUCGUCCAAAAAUGUGCCUUAGAAAGGGAUUUCCAAUUGUUGCCCUAUGGAGACAAAACGAUAGUUGGAGAUAGAGGAGUUUCGUUAAGUGGUGGCCAAAGAGCACGAAUUAACCUUGCUAGAGCUGUAUACAAAGAAGCAGAUAUUUACCUCUUGGACGAUCCCCUAUCUGCAGUUGAUACUCACGUUGGCAAAGAAUUAUUUGAACAAUGUAUAGCAGGAUUUCUUAGAAAUAAUACAGUAGUGCUUGUUACUCAUCAGCUUCAGUAUUUAAAAGAGGUAGAUCAUAUUCUAUUCUUAGAGAAUGGUAUUUGUAAGAUUGAAGGUUCCUACAGAGAUCUUCAGAAGAGUGGUUUGGACUUUACAAAUUUACUUUCUGAUGCCGCGAAUCAGGAAGAGGAAAUGGAUAAUAUCGAGAAUGAUUAUGUUAGGAAGAGUUCCAUUAAAAGCAUAUCGUCCGUAGAAGUGGAAGCUCCAAGAGUUGUGGAAGAACAAAAGGGUACCGGUUCUGUGGGAGGAUAUGUCUACAAGGCAUAUUUCAAAGCUGGUGGAAAUUUCUGUACAAUAUUUAUCAUGUUUGUUUUAUUUGUGGUUGCUCAGCUGUUUGGUAGUGCCUCAGACUAUUUCCUUACGUAUUGGGUCAACUUGGAACAACAGGACUUCUUAGCAAAAAACUUGUCGAAACCGAUUUUUAAUUUGACAAGUAAACUUCACAAUGAUACUUAUACCGAGGGUGAAAUCGUUAAGAAAGAUUCUACAUCAUACAGCGAUAUUGUUACAGACUUUUGGCACUUUUCGAGAGAAACUUCUAUUUACAUAUACACAGGCAUAAUAAUCCUUUUGGUGAUAUUCACUUUGGUACGGUCUUGUGUGUUCUUCGCGGUGUGUAUGAAAGCAUCAACCAAUCUUCACGACAAUAUGUUCUCAAGUAUCACCCGAGCUACUAUGAGGUUUUUCAAUACCAACAGUGGCGGCAGGAUAUUAAACAGGUUCUCCAAGGACAUGGGCGCAAUUGACGAAUUGCUGCCUUCUGCAAUGGUCGACGUGUUACAAAUUGGUUUAACAUUGGUAGGGAUUAUCGUUGUAGUGGCGAUCGUGAGUCCAUAUUUGCUUAUUCCUACUGUCGCUGUCGGAGUAAUAUUUUACUUUAUGCGGAUCUUUUAUUUGAGAACCAGUAGAAAUAUUAAGCGAUUGGAAGGAGUCACAAAGAGUCCAGUGUUUUCCCAUCUAAACGCAACGCUGCAGGGAUUAACCACAAUACGGGCAUUCGGCGCCCAAGAAAUAUUAAUCAGGGAAUUCGAUAAUCACCAAGACCUUCACAGUUCCGCUUGGUACUCUUUUAUCUCUACAUCGAGGGCUUUUGGUUAUUGGUUGGAUCUCGUUUGUAUAUUGUACAUUGCAAUGGUUACAUUCAGCUUUUUAGUGAUCGGGAACGAAAAAUUUGGUGGAAACGUGGGUCUGGCCAUAACACAAGCUAUCGGUUUAACGGGCAUGUUCCAGUGGGGCAUGCGUCAAUCAGCCGAGCUUGAAAACCAGAUGACCUCAGUUGAAAGAGUCGUGGAAUAUACCGAUGUUGAACACGAACCUGACCUAGAAUCAUCCCCUGACCGUAAACCACCAUCUUCGUGGCCCAGGGAUGGGCGGAUUGAGUUUAAGCACGUCUAUUUAAGGUAUUUUCCUAACGAUCCGCCCGUUUUGAAGAAUUUGAACUUUACAAUCCAGCCGAAGGAGAAAGUCGGAAUUGUCGGUAGAACCGGAGCAGGAAAAUCGUCUCUUAUAAACGCUAUAUUUCAAUUAACGGAAACCAGCGGAUUGAUUUUAAUUGAUGACGUUGAUAUCGCGUCGAUUGGACUUCACGAUCUCCGUUCCAAAGUUUCUAUUAUCCCUCAAGAACCAGUUCUUUUUUCUGGAACAAUGAGGAAAAAUUUGGAUCCUUUUAACGAAUACACCGACGAAGAGUUAUGGCGAGCUUUAGAGGCUGUUGAGUUAAAAGAAGUCGUUCAAGAUCUGAUGUCGGGAUUGAAUUCGAAAAUGUCGGAAGGCGGUUCAAAUUUUAGUGUUGGACAAAGACAGUUAGUGUGCUUAGCUAGAGCCAUCCUGCGCAACAACAAAAUACUCGUGCUCGAUGAAGCGACCGCCAAUGUGGAUCCACAAACAGAUGCGCUCAUUCAGCAGACGAUCAGAAGAAAAUUCAACGACUGCACGGUACUUACAAUUGCCCAUCGGCUGCAUACUGUAAUGGAUUCCGAUAAAGUUUUGGUUAUGGAUGCGGGCACAAUGAAAGAGUUCGAUCAUCCUUUCAAUUUACUCCAAAAUAAAAAUGGUGUCCUCUACAGCAUGGUCCAAAAAACAGGGAAAGGCAUGUCAGAAGCAUUGUUUGAGGUUGCCAAAGAGAGUUUCGAUAAACUUCACGUAAUUCAGCGCAGAUCUCUGAUCUCCUAAGUUUGCCAAAAUUUUCGUGGCCAUUUAUUUAUUGCUGUUUAUUCGAAUUUAGUCGGACGUUUGUUUUAUUUUAUGAUGUUUAAUUUUUAGGUUUUCUGAACUCUCAGUUUACAUCAUGUCAACAUUUUAUUUAUUCACAUCUACACAUUGUGGGUGUAAAUAUUAACAUAAAACUGUUAUAAAGUUUUUUUUAAUAUAUCAUAUUCUUGUUAGUAAAA